AUGUUGAGUGGUUCGGUCCGAUCUCCGAUGUCCGCAGUGGUGAGGGUGAUCUGCGUACUCGAUGUUCGUCUACUUCUGCUGUUGAUACUACUGACGUCCUCUGGAUGUGGCGAGCUCGGUUCCUCCCAGGCCGGUUUGAUCCGGGUGGAGCACGAGCAGGGACCGGCACUGUCAGCCUCGUCACAGCUGUGCGGUGGAAGUACGCUUACCGAACCGCACGGCAUCAUUUCGACGCCCAACUUUCCGGCGCGCUUUCCGGUACCGAUCAGCUGUACAUGGAUUAUCGACGCAUCGGCGAUCGUCGGUGCUAACGUGUCGAUUGUGCUGUACCUGACGCAACAGUACGUGCUGGGUGGUUUGCGGUUCACCGAGUACAUGUACUACAGUGACGACUAUAAAGUGCCGAGCAUGAAUGUGUACGAAUUGAGUGAGGACGACGUCACUAGUGUACCGUGGAUACGGUUCAACAGUCCGUACCUGGAGGUGAGGUUCACGAUGGACAGUUUGUACGGGACACAUCUGCGUGCACUCGAUCGACUGCUGGAUGUAUACGGGUUCAACAUCACGUACGAGGUGGAUACGGUCAAGCCUCAUACCUGUAAUGCGCUGCGCUGCCGGUUCCUUGGCAACUGUUACGCGAAGCAGGAUUUCUCAUCGUACUAUUGUGACUGCUAUCCUGGAUUUAGUGGUCCCGAUUGUGGUGAUGGUCCGCUCUGUAAGGACGCGAAUGUUUGUGAGAAUGGUGGCACGUGCAAGCACAUCGGUGACAACGCCAUCAUCUGCAUCUGCCCGGUUGGAUUUAAGGGCAAACGGUGUGAGAUCAACGAGUACGACGAGGUCACAGGAUGCAAUCUCGACAAGGAAGGCGACGACUGCUUUCGCCAGUGUAUUUCACCCGGUGACAGUCUCGACGUGUGCCGCUGUGACCAGAGCAUAUCGUCCUCAAGCCGGGGAAGAGCUAAAUAUGAGAUGACGGUACGGUUAGCUAACGCAUCACACUUCGAGCUGAACGACAACGGUGAACAUCAGCUGAAUGAAAACACAGUAACGGUGCUGGAAAAGCAGAUCAAUCGCUUUUUGAGGAAUUUCAAUCUAUCCAAAAUCAAUGACCUGGAAGUAUUCACUACGAAGACAAACUCGAUCCCUGCCGGAACCAGCGGUGGAGCGACGAGUACCAAGACUGGCACCACUGCUGCCGUUGGUGGUGGUGAGGUAAUGUUUCAAUUUUUCGGUCCCAAAAUCGACUCCAGCCGGGUACGGGAAGCGAUGGAAAAGAUGACGGAACGAGGCCGAAUCGGGAAUGUGAGUCUGGUACCGGGGACGAAGCUUUCCUUUCGUCAGGAUGUCGGUUUAAUGCUGCAGUCGGUGGUCAUCAAUCAAAAGGGACCGAUCCGAGAGAACACCGAGUUUAUACUGUCCUGUGUGGCGCAGGGCUCAUCAACGAUGUCCUUCCGGUGGUACAAGAACGGCUACUUCGUGAACGUGACCAAAGCAACAAGGAACAUGUGGACCCGACUGCUGCCGCUGGACUCCAAGGAUCACUACACCGCCUUGCUCGGCAUCAACCGGGCAAAUCGUCUUGACGAGGGCAUUUACACCUGCCAGGUUUCCGACAUGGGUAUCCAGCAGUGCCGUUCGACGAAGGUACAAAUCCUGGAGGUACCGCAACUGCGCGUUGAUCCACCGAGCGUGACACUCUUCCGCGGUGAUUCGCUGUUGAUCCGUUGCCUGUCCCAGGAUAUCGACCGACGGUUCGGUACGCUCGGUUACAGCUGGACGAAAAACGGAGCAUUAUUUCAAUCCGACCCGCACGGUGAACUCUGGGAGGAUCUCUAUCCGGACGGAAGUAUCCUUAAGGUGAACAACCUACAGAAAUCGGUCGUCUUUACCUGUAUCGUGUCCAAUUCGGUGGCACCCGUAUCACGCAGCGUACACGUGACGGUGGUGGAACCGGGCACGGUUACUCUCUGUCCACAGAAUGAUGAUUUCGGUGUGAGUUGGCCUGCCAGUGCUAGUGGGCCGGCUGUGUUGGCCGAUUGUCCCAAGCGGGGGACCGGGUUAGCGAGUCGAAUCUGUGAGCAGCGGGACUUUGGACGUCCGGAAUGGUUGGUGCCGGACUUUUCCGACUGCGUGCCGGAAGAGGUGAUCGAGAUAGACAAUGAGUUCCGAGGGCUUACGUACGGCUAUCAGAAAACUAACGGGUCUAACGUGCUGCAGUCGUGUUUGAAAUUUGCUACAACCCACGCAGCCACCUUUCUGCCGGGCGAGGGUGGCGUAUUGUUAGGACUGCUGCAAGAGGUAUUUAGCUACAUCGAAGCGACCGGAACGCGUCACGAGCAGGAAAUCGCUUCGGACAUCAUUUUACGCAUCGUCGACGUCGUUAUGCAAAACAAAGCGUCACUCAACAGCCAACAGCAAAUCAAGCAACUACAGGACCUGGUGCGGGCAGCCGCUCUCAAUCACGAAACUACGAUGGCUGCCCCGAUCUCGUCCUCAUCCUCCUCGGCCCUUGGACCGGCUGCCGGUGCAGGGGUUAAACAUGCCGCAUCAACCACGGCCACCCAUCAGCUGAACUCAUUCUAUCUGUACACGGAAACGGUCAAGGGCCUACCGUUCAAUCUGCAAAUUUACGGCGAUCAACUCUACUCCGACCAGCUGUACAUGGAAAUGGACCGUUCCGCUUCACUGCAGGACAUCGUGGCCAACGGGACCGUGCUGGUGACGGUGAUAUCGUACAAAAAUCUUACCAGCUUUCUGCCCCGUUUCUAUUUUGCCAAAAACAGCUUCGGUACCGAUAUCGACUACAUUCCGGCGUCGAAAAUCAUCUCGAGCUGGCUGUACUACGCGAACCGCACUGGGAGCGAGGCUAACCAACCGUUGCACGUGCCGCUCGAGGCUGCCCACGUGGAAAUCGUUUUUCAGCAUGAAAAUUCACCCACCACCGAAUGGAUACCGCUGUGUGGCUACGACUCAAAGGCGACGUUCGAACCGACGUGGCGUACGGAUCUAUGCAUCACCGAGAAUCUGCUAGAAAAUAUUACCCGCUGCAUCUGCCCAUUGUCUGGCACGUUCGUGGUACUGCUGGCAAAGAAGAACUACAACCCGACGAUACCGAAGACAACUACCCGGCCAAUACUGGUAGUGAUCAGCUGCGGAUGUUGCUUCCUGCAGUCGUGCAUUGCCUUCGCCAUCAUGCUGCCGAUCCUGUAUCAGCGGCGGUGUUGUGUGACCUUUUUAAAAAUGCAAUUCUGCUCCGCAACCUCAAUGGCAAUGGCAAUAUUCAUUCUCGGCCUGCUGCAGCUGUUCCCGCCGGAAUGGUACGCACUGGUGAUGGCCCUGCUGUCCGGGUUUCUUCUACUGAGCACCUCUACACUGGUCGCCAUCACCGUCCUAGUGACGACGGAGCUACACGGCCCGAGUCGCAAACUGAUUGCCGCCACCAACCUGGCCACCGGUAUCUCGGGCAGCAUCGGGCUGAGCUGGUUUCUACCCAUACUCUGUGCCACCUCGACACCGCUCGUGUACAACGUGAUGGUCGAAUCACCGGCCCACUGGUGGCAUGCGUCCGAUUCCUUCGGUUUUGUGCUGUUCGUCGUCAUCGAGGCACUGUUUGUGGUGCUGUUCGUGUUGCUCUUCAUCACCCUCAUCAAGCGGCUGCUCUAUCUCGCCCGGAAGCACGACAAACACAACACUUCCAUCCUGCGCAGGAUUCGACUGCUGUACCGGACUGGAUUGCUGUUCGUGUCGAAUGUGCUCUGCCACACGUUCUACCUGGUGUACGUCAAUACGGACGGUUUGACGUCGGGCGGUUAUCUGUUCAGCGGUAACAGCAUAGCACUGGGAUUUUGUAUACUGUUUAGCUUUGUAGUGAAGGCAGAACUGAAGCAAGACACAACCGAGUCGACCAGCAGCAAGUCCAGCACUAAAAAUAGUCUGGACGAAAACUUUUGCUCGGGAUCAAUCAAUAGUCCGUUAAGUUUUUAUACAAAUCAGGAACUAGAUAAGGAUAACGAAUGCCUAUCGUCGGUGGGUAAGACAACGAAGAUUCCUCUGACAAUACUGUCCACCCAGCAGCCCCCACCGUCGUCAACCCAACCGAUACAGCAGCAGCAGGUGGGCCCAUCCUCACAGCAACAGGUCACCGGUCCGCACAUAACCACCAUCGAACCUUGCCUGCAAGUGGACCUGGACGGGCACAGUAUGGACACGUUUCUUGGUGCUACGGGAGGACUCUGCAACUAUGCAACCGUCACCGCACCUUCAUUUGGUGGGGCCGGUUGUUACGAUCUAGCGGGAAGUAUACUGCUACCGCCGGGCCCGGGUGGAGCGAGCGUUCCGGCGACGGCACUCAUCACAAUUGAAACCAGCCCUAGCAUAGUGCUGGCGGGACCACCCCCGAUGGCGAAUGUACCAAGCUCGGCGAGCGUUAGCAUCGAAUGGCAUCAGCAGCCACAGCAACAACACUCACAUGCCUGUGGCCAUCGGCCGGAACCUUUGCCAGCCACCGUAAGCUUUCUGCCUACGAUUCCGACAGCCGAUGCGGGCGAUUUUGUCGGUGUGGGAGCGCUGGACAUCCUGAAAGGCGUUGGACAAGACAGCAUCAUCGGCAUACGUGGGAAAGCGCUCGAAGUCGGCAACGAUGGCAAGAAGGUAGUUACGGUAAUCGAAUCAUCCACCCAGCUACCACCGGCGGUCCAACCAACGGGUACGCUACCACGACCCCCGGGGAAAGCAAUCAUGACAACGACAUCGUCAGCUACUCCGACGCCCACAGCGUCCUCCACCACGCCCUCACCGGCCGGUCCCCUCAUCCCGUACUACUCGGAGCAAUCAGCGGCGGGUCCCAGUGCAGCGGUGCAUCACAAACCGCCCGUUCCACCGCCUCCCAUCAUUACCGUGACGUCGAGCGAGGAAGCUCGUACCGGUGGCCGUAUUGACGGGAUGCUGGAUCGCAUCUCGCACGAUCUGGACUACCUGCUGAACCGUACGGGCGAUACGACGGUGCCUUCCUCCUCAACGGUUUCUGCGUCGUCUUCGUCAUCGGUGGUUCCGAUCCAGCUUCGACCGACGACCGGGGCGCCGGGAGCAGUAUCCACCGCAUCGCAAGCACCGCCGCAGCAAGGUUCCAUCAGUAGUGCACCACUAAUACCCACUUGCCACAGUGUUCACGAAGUAAUUAUCGAAGAGUCUGAAGACGUAGAUAGUUAAAUAUUUGCACUCAAACAUACACACAGACA